CGUGUGGAACUUUUUGAAGCCAAUGAUAAUUGACGGGAGGCGGGAGUUGUCGCGUAAGAGGCGGGGCCAAUAAUCGAAUUUUGAGUUCGCUCUGCUGCCUGACUCCUCACUCUGUAAUGUUCUCCUUCACGCGGAAUGACAGCACUUAUGAAAUACGCUGCCCUCACGUAAUGAAGCAUAUGUGAAAAAUGAGGAGAGAAAUUGCAGCUGUUGUGUUCUUCCUGAAGAGGCUUGUGACAAAAGGCGAUAAGGUGGAAUCGGACAAGGUGGAGCUCUUUGUCGAGCGGCUGGCCGUUGCACUGCAGGAGAAGUUCAAGGGGCACUGGUACCCUGACAACCCCAGCAAAGGACAUGCACACAGGUGCAUUCGAGUGAACAGGUUUUACAGGCAGGAUCCAGAGAUCCUUCGGGCCUGCCAAGAGAGUGGAAUUCAAUACAGUGACUUAGGACUACCUCGUGAACUUACACUUUGGGUGGACCCUGGGGAGGUCUGUUGCAGGUAUGGAGAACAAAAUCCUUGUUUCUCAGUGGCCACUUUCUGCAGUGAUGAGGAAGACAAAGAUGUUACAAAGAAAGUGACCACAGCUUUGGAAAGGGUGACUUCAGACUACCAUUCAGGGUCUUCCUCUGAUGAGGAGAGCACACACACUUCCCCUCACUCUAUGCCCAUCAGCCAAUGUACUAUCCAGGCCAUGAACCCAGAUGCUCCUUCUUGGCAUCCUAGAAAAACGGUACCAGGGAAGGGUCCCGUCCCUUCACGACCUCACUACGGUUUUAGGCCUCGCAGCAGAGCUCCCCUUACUGCAAGACAUAGUCUAUGGGUUCCUCCAGGCUUUAGAGGAGGGUCUGGAUACUGGGACACAAACCACAGUUUGGCACAUUGUUACAGUUAGAAAUCAUGGCUCAUAUUGUUCACACUGGAUGUUAAACCUGAAGACAAUUUGAAGAUGACAGAUUUUUUUUUCCAUUUUUUUAUAGCAGUUUUUUGCACUUUAGACUAUUUGUUAUAGUUUAAAUAAGUCACUUGUAUUAAAUUAGAUAUUAAAAUUGGAAUACUACACGAAGUCUUGAAGUAAUGUAUUUUUUUAUAAUGGGAGAUCUUCAUGUAUUGCACCUGCUGUUCUUUGUGAUAAAUGUUUUAUUUAUUCAUGGUGUACAAUUGUGCAGAGACCUGAUCCUAUUGUGUUUUAAUAAACAAUUUCCAAGCAUCACAA